AUGGCACCUCAAAAGAAGUACAUAUGUGGCUUCUGUGCUAAAGCAUUUUCACGAUCGGAACACAAACAGCGACAUGAGAGGUCACAUACUAAUGAAAAACCUUUCCACUGUCUACACUGCACAAGUUCCUUUGUUCGAAGAGACUUGUUACAACGACAUUGUAGAACAGUGCAUCAGAAUCAAGAACCACCAAAAAUCAAGAACCAACUGGAAAAUCAAGAAUCACCAAAAAUCAAGAACCAGAACCAACUGGAAAAUCAAGAACCGCUUAGAAUACUGAACCAGCAGGAAAAUACUCACAAUAAUAAUGUUACACCCCUUACAAGUAACCACAGCAGUAAUAAUAGCAGCACGUGCAUACCACCGUCCUUGCCACCACCGCUACCGCCGCCGCCAGCAGCCACAGAAGCAGAAGCAGCAGAAGCAGCAGAAGCAGCAGAAGCAGAAGCAGCAGCAGCAGCAGAAGCAGCAGCAGCAGCAGCAACAGCUCAACAAUCUUUGCUACACACAAAAAUGCAACAUCUGCAAAGUACACCACUAUAUUACCACCACCACCACAACAACAACCACAACAACCACAACAACCACAACAAUGUUAGUCCUCAUUCCAAUAACAAUGCUUUACAUCAUAGCUCAAUGCCGUUCUCAUUUGAUCAGGAUAUAUUGUCCAAUACAGCAGCAACGAUGACUCCAGCCAAUAGUAUUGGCGAAGCAAAGUCAUUUAAAAAGGUUAGAAAACCAGAAAGUUUUGCAUCUCCAAGAAGGAAAAGGAGAAGGAGCUCUUCAACUGGCAGUAGCAGCUACAAGGAUAAGGAAUUGAUUGGUUUACUAUCAAUUACAAAAAAAUUAGACUACAUCUUGACCUUGCUAGAGGAAGUUGAUGGUGUACCGGUACAACCACUAGAACAAAAAAACAGUUUACUUUGCGAGUUGUUUCUCGUGGGGUACAUACACAUUCAAGAACAUGCUUUGGAAUUCCCCGUUUUUGACCAAAUUUUGAGAGAUUUGAUGUAUUAUUUGAAUACGUAUCAUCAUGUUAAUAUGAGUACCCCCUCCAGUAGUGAUGACCAACAACAACAACAACAACAACCAGUUACAACAACAUCUACAAACUUUUUCAAGAUAGGCGUGAUAUAUUCCAUAAUAUCGCUAGGAUGCAUAAUCAAUAAGAAUCCAGUCAAAUCAUUGGAGUAUUUCAAGAAAGCAUGGAUAUUACUUAUCAAAAAACUAAUUCCCCUGUAUAACAACAACAAUGUAUCAAUGGAUCAAAUUGAAAUAUCAAGUAAUUUGUUUCUUUUAACUUUUAUAUACAUUCAAUACGAUUUCGAAAAUUACAAAAUCGAUGAACAAGAUGAACAAGGAGAACAUAAAGUUUACCUCAAUAACAAGGUUAUUUUGGACUAUCUUGAUCAAAUCAGUUUUAUCAUCAUUUCAAAUUUGACUGAUUUUAGUAAUCCACAGGAGAAAUUGAUCGACAAGAAUAUGAAAUUGUUUUGGAGUAUAUACAUGUUAUUAUCCACUUAUUUGUACGAUGAGAAAAUACCCAAGAUUCAUUCUAUUUUUAUUAAUAAGGCAUUGUCUAUUGAGGGAGAAUACCACGAAACAACAUUAAUUCAGUUGAUGCAGAAAUUUGAAAAACUGGAUUGUUCAAUUGAUGAUAAAUUGAUCAAAAUGAUAGUCAUCAGUUGUUUGACCAAUGAGCUAAAGAUCUAUCAUCUACAAAAAUUGGACUUGAAUGAAGUUCCAACAACAACAACAACAACAAUUUAUGACUGUAAAAAUAUAUUACACAAUUCAGUGAUUUUAAUUAACAAAUCUAUAAAUAAUUUUCAUACAGGUAUGAAAGAAGAUGGAGUUGAGAUGAAGUUAUUUGAAUUGUUUCGUAAAAAUUUAAUAAUCAAUAGCCCCAUGAAAUUUCAUGAAUUGUUGAGCAAUUAUAUUUUCAUCCCCGAGAAUUGCUACAACUGGCAAUUGAUUUACCUUACAUUGAGAGAAACUACAUUGAAUCAUUCACUUGAUCAAGCUAUACGGUUAGCAGCUAAGGAUCCGUCUUUGAAUGCAAAUUUCAACAAUUUGGCUAAUUCAAUGAGAUUAUUUUUAAACUACAAAAAUGUCCCCUUGGACAUAAAUAAUAACAUAUCAAUUGUAUCCAUUCCUAUAAUAUUCUUCUCGCACUAUUUGAAUUUGGGUAUUAUUAAAAAUUUGGAUCGGUUUAAUUUACUUCAGUUACAAGAAUUGUAUUAUUUAAUUACAAAUUGGUUUAUUAUGAUGAAUAAAGUGUUGGUGAUGAUAUGGUGUGACGAGUUUGUUCAAUUUGAAGAGAAUUACAUCUUGCAAACAUUAAUAUUUGUUUUGUUGGAUGAUAAGGCUCCACUUUUUGAGAAGCUUAAAAUUGACCACCCAGGUAUCUUUAGUCGUGGAUCGGCAACACCAAAUGUGGUGGAAGAGUUGAAGUUUAACAAGAAAUGGUUAUGGCAUGUAAAAAUAAAAUUGGAUUCCGUGUUUGAAUGUUGGAUGGAACAUCUCAGAAUCAAGUUCAUUAACAAGUAUUGGAAUGGGGUUGAAUUGCUGAAUUUAAUAGUGUUGAAGAUUUCCAUUAUGAAGUGGAUGCAUGAGUAUAUCGCACUAGAGGAAGAUUUAGUAGUUAAAGCAGAUGACGAGAAUGGAAUUGGAAAUGCUGGUGGUGGUGGCGGUGAUGCUAGUGGUGGUCUACCCCAUGCAGGUUCACGAUCAUUAUCAAUUGCAUCUGCAAAUAUGAAUUUAAUGUCACAAAUGAACUUUACAAUUCCUGUCCUAUCACACCGAGCACCAGCACCAGCACCAGCACCAGCACCAGCACCAGCACCAGCACCAGCAGCGUCGGCAUCAGUACACCGGCAACAGAGACAGCUGAGUAUUGGCAGUUUUUUCAACUAUUACGGCUUAACACCAUCAUCAUCUUCCUUUCCGGAGUUUCAACCAUCAUUACCACCACCACCACCUCCGCUCCCGCCGCCGCCGCCACCGCCAACAGCAAUAACUGCGCCAACAGCAACAACGACGUCAACAUCAUCGUCGACAUCAACACAUCAGCAGCAAUAUGGGAAAAGAUCUGAUUCAUUAACUAUGAGUGUUGCAUCUAAUGAUUCUAGUUUUGCAACGGCAAUGAGACACAGUGUUUCGCAAGUGAGUAGUGGCAGCGCUCCGGGACAACAGAAUCAGUAUUUUAACUACUCAACUUAUCCACCGCCACCGGUAAUGGUUGCUCAACAUCAGCAACAGUUACAGCAUCAGUUACAGCAGCAGCAAUUACAACUACAACAGCAACAGUUACAGCUACAACAACAGCAAUUAGCGGCUCCUCCGUCUCCACCACCUGCUCCACCACCCUUAUUUCCUACUAGAGACGUCGUUCUACCGCCGUUAGGCCCUGAGCGAAGAAAAGAAAAGAAUAGUAUUACAUAUUGA